AUGGCUCAGAUGGAUAAGAGGGCCAACCCUUACGGGCCUCCUUGGCAAUACAAGGGGCAACAGUUUGACCUUGCUUUCCCGUGGCAUGAAAAGUGGAAUAAGUUUAAGAAUAGUCCAGCGUAUCGGAAGAGGGCACCGCACAAGGAUGAGAUGAUAUCGUUGGUGUCAGGGUACCUUGCGUUUAUGGCACUAAUGAUCCGGCGAAACGGA